CACUCACAACGAACCCCUCGUAAGGCGACGCAGAAUCUUUAAAUCGGUGGCAGUAAACAAUCAACAAAGAUGAGGGGUGUUGAUCGCGUUCUCGUCCGCGGCUGACACAUCCAGGGGACGCGCUAGGGGGAUGCUGACGCACUUGGGGAUAGACAUGGGGCUGCGGCUGCUGUUGGUCGUUGUUAUUCCAGCAUUGGUCACGUGUCAGACAUGGAACCAGGCGACUCUCAACCUCUUCAGCCAGCAUCUGAAGGUCAGCUGGAAGGUCAAGGACAACACCCAAAAUGAACUGACGACACAAGUCGAGGUGACCUUGACCAACGAGGGGUCAAAGACGCUGAGCAAAGAAGACCAAUGGGGGAUAUACUUCGACUGUAUCUAUAUGAUAGAGCCAGGGAACCUUCCACACCCGGACGGGUAUGUUCUACCCGGGCAAGGAAUUGUUGUCACCCAUCUCACGGGAACCCAUUUCAAGAUGGAACCAACAGAAGACUUUUUGGACUUUCCUCAAAAGAAAAGUAGAAAGAUCAAGUUUAAAAUGCAGUACUGGUCAGUGGCCAUGACGGACAUCAUGCCCAAUUGGUAUAUCAUAGCACCCCUUCUGCAGCCCAUGGUGAUUCAGAGUACGGUUGGGAAUAAACUGGACUUUGUUGAAUCUUUCGGAAACGUGGAACAGUUUAAGAGGUACGAUUACGACAUGUAUUCUCCUUACACCGCUCAAGAGAGGUACGCAAGGAACAGAGUUGAGGAUAUUUUUGAGGAUGAUGAAAUCCGAAUAGUUCCUCGGCCCCAUCAGGUGAAGGUCGACAGAGAAGUUAACAUGACCUUCGACACCUCGACAUGGAAGAUCCUCGCACCGGACACCCUCAAUGAAGAGGCAGCUUAUUUAAGAGAAAAAGCCAACAUAGAGAUCGGAGCUCCAACAGCCGAGUACGAGGUCAUCCGCCUCCUCAUGGAAGAUGUCCAUAUCACUGGUGACGUCAUCGCUCAUAGCCCGGAUGCUUACAGCCUCGAUGUGGACCCAGCCAAUCAGAUCAUCAUCAUCAAGGGCAACAGCCAAUCGGGAGUUUUCUACGGCGUUCAAACGCUGCUGAAUCUGAUUGAAAACAAUGGCGGUAUUUUGUAUGACACGUUCAUCAAGGACGCUCCCCGGUUUGAGUAUAGGGGCAUGCAUCUGGACGUGGCCAGGAACUUCCAUUCCAAGGAAGACGUGAUCAAACUUCUCGACCUCAUGUCCAUGUACAAGCUCAACAAGUUCCAUUUCCAUCUGACCGAUGACGAGGGAUGGAGAUUGGAGAUUCCGAAACUUCCCGAGCUCACCCAAAUCGGUGCCCGUCGUUGCUACGACAUCGAUGAGACAAAAUGUCUGCUCCCACAGAUCGGUUCGGGGCCGACGUUCACCACUUCCGGGUCUGGCUUCUACACCACGCGAGAUUACCGCGAUAUCUUGAAGGAAGCCAAGCGCCGCCAUAUUGAAGUGAUCCCAGAGUUCGACAUGCCGGGUCACGCUCGAGCCGCCAUCAAGGCUAUGGAGGUCCGGCACAUAAAGUACGCGCGGACUAACACUGAGGAAGCCAUGAAGUUUAAGCUGGUUGAAGAAAACGACCCCUCGAAAUACUUCUCAACUCAGAUGUUUACAGAUAAUGCCAUCAACCCUUGCCUAAACUCAACCUACGCAUUCAUCGAAUACGUGAUGGAUCAGGUUCUUCUCCUUCAUCAAGAGAUUCAGCCAUUAAGAAUAUUUAACUUCGGAGGCGAUGAGGUCGCAAAGGGGGCGUGGGUCAACUCCACGGCGUGUCAGACGAUGUCCAACUCAAUAAAGGUGUCAACGACGAAGCUUAAAGAGCAUUUCUUUACGCGGGUUGCGGAGCUUGCUGCAUCCAAGAAUUUGAACCUCGCCGCUUGGGAGGAUGGACUGAUGCAUGGCGGGAGUGCAGUAUACGACCGUGACCUUGCCGGAAGUGCUGAAGUCUACGCCUUUACUUGGGAUAACGUGUGGGAGUGGGGUAGCGCAGGUCGGGCGUAUAACCUGUCCAACCACAACUAUAAGGUUGUCAUGGCCCAAGCGACCCACCUUUAUUUCGACCACCCCUAUGAGCCUGACCCCGAGGAGAUGGGGUACUACUGGGCCACCCGCUUCACAGAUUCCCAGAAGACGUUUGGAUUUAUGCCGGAAAAUAUUUACGAAAAUAUCGACACAGCUCGCAGCGGGAAGCCAUUGACCCGAGAACAAGUUUGCGGGGAUCAUAGCCAGAGUUGUCCCCCUUUGAAGAGCAGGGAAAAUAUUGCAGGAAUCCAGGGUCAACUGUGGAGCGAGACAGUCAGAACGUCUGACGACAUCGACUACAGACUCUUCCCCCGGAUGUUGGCGCUAGCUGAGAGGGCGUGGCAUAGGGCAUCAUGGGAAAAAAUGUCCGACAAAGAAGCACGCAACCGGGAUAUGACAGCUGAUUGGGAGUCAUUUGCACGUGCAGUCGGUCGUCGAGAACUUCACCGUCUGGACAGUCUCGGUGUGAAGUACAGAAUUCCCCCGCCAGGUGGCAGGAUCGAGGACGGCAUCCUGAAAACAACCUCCUCGUUCCCCGGUCUCCCGGUCCAGUACAGUCAAGAUGGCGGACAAACGUGGUACUUGUCCACAGACGACGUCAUCAUCAGCAACAGUGACCCCGUCCUCUUGCGAACAAGAUCUGCUGACUUGUCAAGGAACAGCCGUGUUGUCACACUCCACCCAACACCAUUAGUGCCUAUCGUAAAUCAGCCAAUCGUCGACAACGUUGCUCAGAGCCUCGUUGUGAAGUACGCCGUUCUUGACAACUUUAAAAAUGGCGCUAAAUCUUUCAUUGCCCAAAUCUCGUUAACCAACAAAGGAGCUCACGAUAUUCAGGCCGGAAACUGGGGUCUGUAUCUCUUCAGCAUCUACAAGAUAGAACCCGACUAUCCAAACGGGUUCGUAUUCGAAGCUACGAAAGUCAAAUUCACCCACAUAGAUGGGUGUUUGUUUAAAAUGGAAACAGUCCACGGCUUUGAGCCCAUCAAACCAGGUGAACAGCGGAAGUUGAAGAUUACUAUCCAGAACUGGUCCGUAUCGCGCACUGACGUGAUGCCAAACUGGUACAUUUGGGCGGAGGGUAUGAAACCUCGAAUUAUUUCCUCCACCACGGGAGAAGGGCUGAGCUUUGUGGCGGAUUUCGACACUCCCAACAAAUGGAAACGGUACAAUACGGAUAACUUCAAGGACUACUACGACCCGUACUCACCAGCAACACGGUUCCGACGGAACGAAAAAGUCCAUGACCUCGGGACUGCGCCUCUUCCCAUCAUUCCAACACCGGUUUCCAUGGAGACGGGAAAGCAGGGCACCGUUUCCCUGGCAACUUGUUGCUGGGUCAUCGUCAGCCAUCCGAUGUUCAUGAAUCAAGCCGACUACCUCAGACAGAGCAUGAUAGACUUUGGCAUGGAAGAACCGAAGAUGUCGGAUGAGAAACCCCCGAAACAGUAUAUCCUGAUCAAGUUUGCCGAAGCUGGUGUCGAGGUUAACGGUAACAUAUCCUCGUCCCCAGACGCUUACACUUUAACUGUUGACCCUGGACCAGAAAUAAUAGAGGUCACGGCCGUAGCGACAUCCGGGGCCUUUUACGGCAUCCAAACCAUCCUCAGCCUCGCUUUGAAACAUCCAGUGAAAGGCACGAUACCUGGUAUGACUGUGAAGGACGAGCCUCGUUUUGAGUUUCGGGGCAUGCAUUUAGACGUUGGACGGAAUUUCCAUUCGCUUGAUUCCGUUCUGACACUUCUAGACGUUAUGGCGAUGUACAAGCUUAACAAGUUCCACUUUCAUCUGACGGACGACGAGGGCUGGAGACUCGAGAUCCCAGGUCUUGAGGAGCUAACCAUGGUUGGUGGCAGGAGAUGCCACGAUCUGUCUCAGACCCAGUGUCUGUCGCCCCAACUCGGGUCAGGACCCUUCUCCAACAACUCCGGUUCCGGUUACUACACUAAAACAGACUACCAGACCAUCCUCGGCUACGCAGCCGAACGUCAGAUCGAGGUCAUACCGGAAAUCGACAUGCCCGGACAUGCGCAUGCAGCUAUCAGAGCUUUGGAGGCCAGAAGAUUGAAACUUUUAAGCGAGGGGGAUUUUGAAAAUGCUGACAUAUACAACCUCCGUGAUCCGCAAGACACGUCCAAGUAUUCCUCGAAUCAGAUGUUCACUGAUAACGCUGUCAACCCCUGCAUCAACACAACUUACACAUUCAUACUAUAUGUGAUGUCGGAGAUAGAAAAGAUGCACAGAGAUAUCAAUCCGCUGCGGACGUUCCACUUUGGUGGUGAUGAGGUCGCCGUCGGGGCAUGGGUCAACUCCACCGCCUGCCAAAGAUUAAAGCAGUUUUCCCCGCGGCUGAAGGAGUACAUGAUCCAAAGGGCGUCCCUCUUCUCGUCUGACCUUGGCGUUAACCUUGGCUCGUGGGAGGAUGGCUUGACGGCCAGCGGAAAUGAACCCUUUGACCGAAGUCUGCUCAUCAACAAGGCGGUGUACGCUAACGCCUGGGACAAUGUCUGGGAGUGGGGCACGGCGCCUCGAGCCUACAUCUUUGCUAAUUCAGGGUACAAGGUGGUGAUGUCCCAAGCGACCCACCUGUACUUUGACCACCCGUAUGAGCCGGACCCGGAAGAGAGAGGGUACUACUGGGCCACCCGAUACACCGACACUAGGAAGACGUUUGGCUUCAUGCCAGACAAUCUCUAUGGCAACAUCGAUGUCCAGAGAACCGGCAAGCCUAUCACAAGGGCAGACGUUUGUGGUCAACACGACGAAAAGUGUCCAUCGCUGACCGCUCCGGAGAAUAUUGUAGGUAUGCAAGGUCACCUGUGGUCAGAGACGUCGCGGACAUCUAACGAGAUGUUCUACAUGAUCUUCCCCCGACUGCUGGCUCUAGCUGAGAGGGUGUGGCACAAGUCCUCAUGGGAAAGCAUCGAAGAUGCCACGCAACGAGAAUCGGCAAAGAGUAUUGACUGGGAGAAAUUUGCCAAUUCUCUUGGGCACCAGGAUUUACUCCUCCUCGACAGGAUGGGCAUACCAUACCGUAUACCUCCCCCGGGAGGCAGAGUGUUUAAAGACGUGCUGAUUGCUACAAGCCCGUUCCCUGGUCUGCCGAUAGAGGCAAGCUUUAAUGGCGGCAGGACAUGGACAGAGGUCACGAGAGACGGAAUCAAAGUCAAGAACGGCCAGACUGUCACAUUGACAACCAAAUCCGCCGAUAAUACAAGACGAAGUCGUGCAGUAACAUUGGAGGUGUCAGGAAUAACUGUUGUCGCUGCUGGAGGAGCACACAAACCGAUGACGUCAUGCGCAACUUUUAUUGUGACACUUUUAGUUUCAGUUUUAUUUAGAUAUACCAAUCACUGACAAAACAUUCCCUCGUAAACAGACAAACCUGGUCACAACGAUUGUAUAUAAGAAAAAUGCAGAAUUUACCCUUCUUGAUGAUCGUUUAAUUUUCUUUCACGCAUAUUCAUACAAAACAUAAAUUGAGGGGCAAAGUAAAGUACACCAAGUUUGUUUUAACGAAAUGGAAAAUUGAAAGUAUUAAAUUGAAUUUGAUUAUAUCUAUUUAACCAUCACUCAUUCCUGCAACAGUUUGUAAAAGGUAAUCUGUGGCUGGGUAGUUUUGUGUUAACAUAAACUGGUUCAAUGAGACGUGCAACCUCAUGAUCCCUACUAUGUUUAAAAUGAUGUACAUUUGUGCCGAAAUAAAAGCAAAUUUUUAUUGAUUUUUAAA